CAUGAUAUGUGGGCCCUCUACAUACGAACGGUGAAGCAAUACUCCCUUCCGUGUGUCCAUUGGCUUAAGUUAGGAGAUGCCAAUAUACCAGGUGUAGUCGUGUACAUCUCUCCCUCAAAUAAAACUAAGAAUUAAUGGAACAAAUGAAAGAUUUUGAUUAUUAAACAAAUCAUGGAGAGAGUGACUGUUAAUCUGACAUGACGAACUCUAGCCACGCUCAACAAUACAUUAAAGUUUCUAUAAUUUUCUUCAACUACGCAGUAUUUCCACCUGUUGCCCAUAUCUCACUAAUUCAAGUAUCCCUAUCCUCUCUUUUUCUUCAAUAAUUUCGUUAUUUAUGGCAAAAGGUUUUAUACAUAGCCGUGCAUAAAUACAACUAUUGGAUUACAAAUGAAGAUUUACGGUGCACCCCCCCUCAUCUCCAUCGGACGACUGUGUUUUCUUCCCGUUCUAUUUUCAAAAUUAGUAUUUCUAGAAGGUCUUUAGAGGACGUAAGCAUAAGCUAACUCUUUCACACAAGCCACCGCUCACCUUCUCUCUCUCUCUUUCUCUCUCCUUUGAAACCAAUAGGAAAAGAAGAAAAAUGAAAGGAAAGCAAAACAAGCUCUAAAGCCUUUAUUAAUGGUUGGAAAGGGUGUUUGUUAGAUUUGAUUAUUAAAGUGAUAACAUUGAGUAAACCGUUAAUUUCAUAUUAUUCUCUCUAAAAAAAUCCACUUUUUGUAUCACUUCCUUUAUUUUGGGCUUCACUGUGCUCUUUUCCUUUGUUCUUAACUUCUUAUUAUUCAAACUUUACUGUUGACGAGUUGCCUUCUUCCCCUGCCUCUGCUUCUACCUUUCUUGAACGAGUCUUUUAUUCUACGGGUCUUCCCCUGCAUCAUAUCUGAAAACAAUGAAUACUAUUCCAACCUUCUUCAAAUCCAAUAGGCUUUUCAUCCUUACACGAAAAUUGACGAAAAGGGUUGUCUCAUAGAGAUAGAAAACAGAAAGAGAUACAAUUGAUUGUGCACUCAAAAGGGUAGGGGUGAUGCAAGGAUGGGCGAAAGUUACAGUGGCAGCACCGUCUGCCGUCGUUGCUAUAAUCCUCUUGAUCGUGUUCAUCUGGAGAUUUUGCUAUUCCAGAAGACUUACUCGGAUUACAGACACAACGAAGACGAGGGGGAAGACUUUCCAAUCAGGGAUUGCGACGCUUCACCUUGCAAAUGACUCCAAGGACCGUAAGAGCCUCCCUGUUUUUCAUCAUCCAGACAGCAAGGGAAAGCCAAAUUUCUGUGUGCUCAGACAUGGGGUUCUUCCGAAGAGUUUCUUCAGUUGGGCUGAUCACCCUAGGCUUGUUUCAGAAGCUGUAGAGUAUGGAUGGUCUAGAUUUGCCUUCACGGCCCAUACUUCAUCUCCUUCGACUCGAUCGAAUUUGUUGGGUUUAUGCGCUGCUGGUGAUCAGGUACGAGAAACAGAGGCGUUAAUAAGCUGGGAGGUGAGUCCAGGUUCGGUAGAUUACAUCCAGAAGAUCAGGUUCAAUCCGGGAAUGAAGAAGAUCGAUAUGGGUACCCCUCCUUUGGGUGCUUCAUACGUUAUCAAAUCUGCUUUGCCCUUGCCAGGACCUUCCUUGGGGAGUAGUAAUAGCUCCUUCCCUCGCGAAGCUUAUCUGGAAAUCACAAUCUUGUCUUCUCUUUCAGAAGAGGAAGUUGAUUCUGUCCAUAGCGUUAAGAGAAGCUCUUGUGAUGGCGAGCUGAAGAAACUCAUUCCACCGAAUGGUGAUGCUAGUGUUCAAUCGGAUUCAUUAAUCCAUGUUGCGGGAAUCAAUAGCAGUGCCAGAUUCCAAGAAUUGAAGCUUCGGAGUAAGGAAGGAAAAAGGCAGGAUGAGCCGGUGAUGUGGUCGGUGGGGUUCAGUGGAGGUGGGUAUCCCCCACGGAAACUUCCCGGCAGCUAUCCUGGAUCCAUUGGGUUCAACUCCAAUGGUUCUGUUUACCUUGAUGGAAUUAAGCUGGUCUUUGAAGCUGAAAAGGCAGAAUUGGAAAGCAGAGACAAGGUGGUCGGUUGCGGUUUUGAUCCAUCUCAGAAGAAGGUGUUCUUCACUGUGGAUUCAGAAUUGGUACAUGAAAUCCAUUGCAGAUCGGAGGAAUUCGGAAGCCCACUUUACCCAACUGUAGCUGCGAAUGUAGAUGUUACGGUUUUGGUAAAUUUUGGACAGAGUGACUUCAAGUAUUUGCCGGCGAAUGCGCAGAGAACUCCAAACCCAUGUUUCAUUGGCACUUUUCCAAAUGGUUCUGCAGAUGAUCUGGGCUAUGAAGACAGUCGAGAGUUCUUCUCCAUGGGAAGGAUUGACCCUCUAUGGCUUAAUCGAAAUAACUCCAAGACCAUCAACAGCAACAAUAGUGAUAACAUGACACUAUAUCCUGAUGGGGAAUCAGAAGCUGAACUAUUCGAAAUAGUUUUGGAUAGCUCAAGCAGAUCAAGCACAGUAAUGAGUUAAAGCUGGGACAUGAUGAUUUCAUAAGGUCAUGGACCACAUAAUCAAAUCCAAUUUGGUCUGAAUCAUGAACUAUAUACUUCAGAUUCUGCUAGUGUAGCAGAGCUGAGUUGUUUGCACAAUUCGCUCGCUUGGAAUUGGAGUAUUGAUAAUAUUUGGUUCAACCCUGUUGGGUUAAAUGUUGUCCAAAUCCAACAAUGGUCUUGAGGGAAGAAGAAGUCCCAUAUUUCUUUUAGGCUAAGAGCUGCUACACAGUUGAUUCCAUGACUGGCUUCAGGUUAUUAAUUUCCCAGACAGACAAAGUCAAGUUGUUCGAGGGUUUUCUGGCAGAUUUUUAUUCUCCUUAUUUAUUGGUUUAUGUUUCAAUUUUCAACUCCUUGUAUAUAUUUUAGAUGUUUAUUGUAGACUUGUAGUUCUCUAUUUUCAAUACUUGGUUACUUUUAAAGAAUUAAUGCAAUCACAAGAUACAACAUUCACUAGUCCA